CCCUUCCCUCCCAGUAAAUCCCAGAAUAAAUAUCUCCUCGUUUUCCAAGACCUUUUCACAAAAUAUAUUGAAGUAAAACCCCUCCAUAAAGCUUCCGCCAAACCAAUCCUUUCCGCUUUCGAGUCCCUUAUCCUCCACCGAUGGGGAUGUCCCAAAUUCCUCCUUACAGAUAACGGUACAGAAUUUUGUAACAGAGACGUAACGAACAGACUGACAAUGUACGGAAUCAAACAGACGACAAUUCCUCCCUACCAUGCCCAAGCAAAUCCUGUAGAAAGAGUUAAUCGAACUCUCAAAACCAUGAUCACGACGUUUGUUGGAGAAGACCAUCGAAAUUGGGACAAACACCUUCCUGAAUUUUGUUUUGCCUAUAAUACCGCCGUACAUUCCUCAUCCCUCGUUUCUCCCGCGUUCCUCAAUUUUGGUCGAAACCCCCGUCCCAUCCAAAACCUCCGCCACGGAAUUAAAUCCGAUUCUUUAAUAAUUCCCCGAAAUCCCCAAGAAUGGUCCAACCGCAUUUCCCGGUUAACCCUUUUAUACGACAUUGUCCACCGAAAUCUAGAGAAAGCCUCCUACCGCCAAGCCUCCUAUUAUAAUCGUGGGCGUCGUGACGAGCGCUACCAAAUUGGUGACCUCGUCAUGAGACGCCAACGAAUCCUUUCCUCCGCUGCUCACAAUUUCGCGUCCAAACUCGCCCCUAAAUUUUCAGGUCCCUACACCAUUUCAAAAAUCCUUUCUCCCGUUGUCUACGAAUUAAAAGAUUCUGAUGGAAAUAUCAUUCCUAAAGUCCACAUUAAAGACCUUAAACCCUUUAGACCCCCUCCAAAUUUCGAUGAUUCAAUUUCCGAAAACCCUUCCUUAAGUCAAGAUAUUACCAAUAUUUCUCAGCCAGGACCUUCUUCACAAACCCAUGAUAUUUCCACCCAACAAAUACCACAACAAACUCCCACGCAAACGUUCCCUUCCUCACCCAUCCCUACUCCACCCCCUCGCCGUGGACGAGGGAGACCCCGAAAAAUCAAAGCACCACAAAACACUCCACCGAUAAUAAACACACCACCCACUCCAGUUCCACUCCCACGCCGAGGGCGAGGGAGACCGAGGAAAACUCCGAUACCUCCACACAAUACUCAAAUCAUAAUUCCAACACCCAUCCCUACUCCACCCCCUCGCCGUGGACGAGGGAGACCCCGAAAAGUUCAAAUACUCCCAAACCCUACACAAAGCAUACCCUCCCAACAAGCUCCUACUCCACCCCCUCGUCGAGGACGAGGACGACCCCGAAAACACCCCCUAAAUCCUACGAUCAACGUGAUAAAAACAGACCAAUCCUCCAUACCUCCCCUCAUGUCCUUACCUAUCCCACGACCUAGAAUUUUCCUAAAUAUCGACAAUAAUGAGACAAAAAUUUAACGCUCAAAUCUCGGAAAACGAAAACAAACGAUAAUAAAAUUCCAUUUGCGUAAGCCGUAAGCGACGAUACCAGAGACCAAAAUUUACACUAACCCCCCACUAAAGCCACCCCCCAGCAAAGAGCCCACCAAAGAAAGAUCCCACUAACAAACUUACACCCCAACAGAUGUUUGCAUCAAGGAGAGGAGGUAGAGGCCGGGGGACAAGGGCCCGAAGGAGGAGGCCGGCGCCGCGGCGACCGCGGCUGUUAAGAGGCCGGCCGCCGGUACAGACCGCCGAAAUAGCGGUCCAGACGGACUCGGAGGAGUCCGAAUACCUAACCCCUUCCGUAUCCCCCGCUCCUUCCCCCACACCAUCCACUCCCGAACUACCCUCCUCACCGACACCCCCAACAGCCUCCCAAACCCCCACCUCUUCCGUCGACCCUCACUUGGCCACACUGCGGGCGGCAGCAGCCCGCAUGAAGACCGAGGAAGGCCGCGACUCCUCCCCAAUCCGCACCACACCACCCCAGGCCCCAUCCCUAAAAUUCCUCCGACGAACCCUAUCCCGCUAUCCACCCCCAGAACCCCUAUUCCCGGACUAUCCCUCCUCCUCACGUCCCCAAACCUCCGAGAUCCCACCCCUCAUGUCCCUCAAAAUUCCCCCGCCACCUCUAAUGUCCCUUAAAAUUCAUAAACCCAGCAACCUCCCCUAAACUACCCUUUUCUUUUCCUUACUCUCGCUUUCCGCUAUUCCUCCUCUGUUUCGCACUAUCUCUUUCUCUUUCUUUUUUUUUAUCCCUUCUCUUCUUUUCCACUAUUCCUUCUCUUCUCACAUUCUUUCCUUUGCUUCUGGUUCUCUCUUUUGCUCUUCUCCUUUAACUGUCCCUUUACCCUUCCGGUCCUUAUCCCUCUAUCCACCCUCCUAUCCCCCAAAUGAGCCCCUAAAAAUACUUCCCACCAAUCCACCCAGUCCCACCUUACCUGACAUAGACUCAUUUUUUUAUUAUUAUUUUGGACGACCGCCCAGCACUAAGACGAACGGACGGACGAACGAGACAACGACGAAACCCUUCCAAACAUCCUACCAAAAAUCAGGCAUACCUGCCACUCUCCCUUAAUUCGCAUAAAAAUUUCGGCACAACGAGUAGUCGAAACCCAAGGCAGGUCCAUCAUUUUAAAAUGCUAUGAUCCGACACAACAACAGGAGGGUCGCUCAUGUCCGCGACCCCCCCUGAAUGAGAGCGCAGCAUGGAAGGAUGAGUGUCCGCGAGAACCCACCGAUCUUGGAUCUCUCUUCUCUCAAAAUUAUUGUUCACCUAAGUCCUUAUCCCUACCCGUUGUAUCUCCCGUUUCCGGUCAAGGCGGGGGGGUGUUGUAACGUGGUGACACCUGUGCCCCCCCGUUACAUUCGCUGCGCUUUUCCCACCUCAAAUCCCACC